UGAUUAUCUUGACUCUAAAAGUUUGACGGGACUCACCACACUCACUGGAUUUCAAAUGGGCACUAAGAGCUUUCUGUUAAGAGAAGAGAGUUUUCUACCGGUUAAACUGAGCUGGAAAAGACACACUGAGUGACUUCCUUAUUUAAGCUGGAAAUACACAGACUAAAGUAAUUGUCAUGGCACUGGGAACUCCAUGCGGGUGAGAAAUUGUUAUAUAAGUUACAGCAAGAAUGUCCGGGAAAUUGUGCACCUCGCCCAAGUUUUUGAAGCAAUGAGGAAGAAAAUGUUGGAAAAUCACAUGUGAUCUCUGUUAAACCCUGGAGGUGAAGUGCAACCAAAAAUGAGUCACGGGGGACAAGGAAAUCAGGGGACGGGACUGAGAGACAUCUUUGACAUAUUAGUUAAGGAACCUUUGGAGCGACUGCUAAGCCUGAAAAUCCAGUUGGGUGAAACCCCGGAAGAUAAUAUCAUACAUGCCUUGUGUCUGAUCAUUCUCCAUAGAGAGGCACAGGCCCUGGAAAAGCUUCAGAUGCUGAAGAACAACUACCUUGCUGAUCAUCUGGCUGAAAAGUGGCGAAUGAGUGGAGGUAAAUUAGAGGAUUUCAGAGUUCAUUGUGGUAAUUUUGAAGAGUUUACAGGAGAAUCUUUGGCAGCGUUGGCUCGAAUUUUUAAAGUUUUGCAUGAGCAGAAGCUGUGUGAUCCAAAUCUGAGAAAUCUGGCAUAUCAGAGAGCCCUUUCCACUGACAGCCAAAGAACAAGCUAUGUUGAGAAUCUGGAAUAUGAUCCACUCAGAGAAGAAGCUAAAGUUGUCUGUGGGCCUGAGUUUGAAGAGUGGAUAUGCUCCCCAAGAGACCUCAAGUCAGGGUCUUACCAUGAUCCUCACAGAAGUCUGGAUGAAGUAAACACAACUUUAAAAAUUACCGAUCAGUCAGAGAGAGCUUAUAGUCUUCCCAGCCCUCUGCAAGCAAGCUCCUCAAUGCCCUCAUACCCUACUCAUCUAGAGAUGAGUAUAUCCCCAACAAUCUCCUUUCAAGGCGACAAAAUAACCCCAGAAACAUCAGAUAAAUCCAACUCUUGUAUCCUGCUUGCACCUGGGCAACCUCAGUCUUCUGAGGAGCCUCAGCCUAAAUCCAAUGAACUAGCUCAACUUGAAGCAAAUAAAGACUCAAAGAUGGAGUCCAGGAAGUGUGACCAUCACAUCAUUCAGAAUGAGACUCCAAACCAAACCACAAAGCCAAGCACUGAGCCAAAAUUUGCACUACCUACUGCAACAAACACUUGUGUACCCAAGGUACCCGUUCCAAAUGAAAAGCAUGAAUGUAAAGGCGCAGAAGCGGAGGAAGAGGUAGUAUUUUAUGCAUUUGUUAUCCUGCACGCACCAGAGGAUGGAGAUAUGGCCGAGAACAUCAAAGACAAAAUUGAAGCGGUCGCUGGUUGUACAGGUGCAACUUUCUCUGAGGACUUUGCCGUCCCUGGAAAGAGCACUCUGAGGUGUGUGGAGGACGCCAUCAACAACUCAGCCUUUACUCUCCUGCUGUUUACCCGCAACUUCAACACUCAGUUGGUGGAGAUGAAGACAGACACCGCCCUUGUCAACUCCAUAAACAAGAAAUACAAGCACAACACUGUUGUCCCUCUGCUGCCACGGGAGAACUGCAUGCCGAGAGAGGGCAUUCCUUUGGUUGUACAGCGACUCAAUCCACUAGAUGAGAAAAGGAACUUUGAGAAAAAAAUAAAAAAGUUCUUGAUUCCAGCACACAUUGAAAGGCAAAAGAAGAUCUGGACUAAGGGACAAGAAGUAAAAUGUCAGAUAGAGAGACAAGAUAACCUGAAGCAGUUGAACGAGUGUCAAAAGAAGUUGAUCCAAGAGUGUAAAAAAGCAGAGUUAGAGGAGAGAGAGAACUUGAAUCUUUCACUGCAACAGAAUCUUCUUCUCGGUCCAGAGCAAGAUGGUGGCGGCGGCAUGGCCAGGUGGCAACAACAACCGGGACACAUUCAUAUUACAAAUGCUAAUUACGUCAUGGUUGGUAAUGACUCUAAAAUGAAUGUGGAUCACAGGGGACACACAGACAAAGAUAAUUCAUGUUCCUCAGAGGAGGAGCAAUAAACUUCUAGAUGAAAAUUAAAAAAAAAAAAAACAAAAAAAAA